UUCCAGAAAGCAGGUUAUGUGACAUACCUGGGUAUGUUUAAGGGACAGUACAAUGGUUACUUGCUGGGGGACAGAGGAUACCCUUGUCUGCCCUAUUUAAUGACACCCUACCCUGAACCUGAGCCUGGACCACAGACACGGUUUAACCUGGCUCACAGCCGAACACGGGCCAAGGUGGAGAUGACUAUAGGGAUCCUCAAAUCUCGGUUUCAGUGUCUGCGUGGGCUCCGGGUUAGUCCAGAGAGGGCAGGCGACAUUAUAGUGGCUUCUGUUGUGCUUCACAAUAUUGCCACUAUAAGAGGAGAGAGCCACCCUCCUUGUAUUGAGGAAGAUGGCCCAGAGGAACACCUACAGAUUUUAGAGGCCAGAGACUGA